AUGGGGGGCGAUGCUAGCCUCAACGCUAGCGGACCCAAGGAUACGACCACAUGCGAUGGGCCAAAGGAUGCGCAAAGAGACGGACGCCGUCUCGGGCGAAGGACGAAACAGCCGCCAGACGGUGGUGUCCCAAACCCCGACCAGGCUGAUGAUCCGAGGUCAACUCGACCCAGUUCGAACUGA